UGCACGACUAAAAGCAGAGUCAUUGUACGGCGGGAGCUCCUCGAAUCUCUGCUCGUGGAAGUGCUAAGAUGCCCGAUGGAUCACGGCAGAGAGCCAACCGGAGCGGAAGGCGGCUCAAAUGCAGCACGUUGGAUGGUGCCCUGGCCCUUUCUUGUGCUCAUGCAUAGCUUAUGCGGGUUUGAUGUGGCAGAUAUUAGCUCUUGCGGCCCUCUUGAUGUUGGACGUCUACAUCCCAGCUGUUCGUUGUUCAGCCUCGUUCUCACGACAACCUUUGAAGCGUGGCGAAAGUGUCACUUUGCUGAUCAGCUAUUGACCUCCCACGCAUACGGAUCGACUGCUCGUCAGAUAGGAACUUCUAUUUUGGCUGCUUGUAGUCUAAGCCGAGGUGGCCGUACCUCUUGUCUGGUACAUCAUGGACCCUCGAUUCAACACAUACCCGCAACGACAGGCGCAGCAACCUCAGCCUCAGGUGACACAGCGCCAGCAUCAGCGAUUCUCAUGGCAGGCUCCUGUCGAGGAAACAACACAACCUGCGCAGAGGUUGCCGCAGUAUCAAGAAGUACAACUUCAGCCGCAGUAUCAAGAAGUACAACGUCAGCCGCAGUAUCAGGAAGCUCAACGUCAGCCGCAGCAGCCGGUCGUCAACACCAACGUCACCUUACAACAUCACAGGGGCUUCUCAUACGCUCCGACUCCAAUCGAAUACAAUGGAUCAGCAUACUACACAUCAUCGAAUGACCCGACGGUUCCGUCGUCUCCGGUCUUCACACCCAUCGAUGAUCGACCACAGUCCACGUUUAACAUGCUGAACACGCCAACACGACGCCAAUCACAGCAGGCUUACGGAACCUCGUCUCACCCCCGUGAUGAAGAAGCUCUUCUAUCACCGUCAUCGCCAGAGGCGCAGACCCUGCCAUUUAUGCUAGUCGAGUCUGUGGUCGGCGGCCAGGACGACCCAGCCCAGCCCGCGCAGCAGCCAGAACCAGCACCACCCGCACAAUCGCCGACUCAACAAAGCCGGCACGCGCGCCAAAUGAGCAACCUCUCCCCCAUCAAUACAAACCUCACACAACCAAGCAUGCCCACAAUCCCACAGAGCCCACGCUCCGGACGCGAGCAGCACUCCCCCGGCGCGCUCCCCUCCAAAACCCCAAUCUCCCCCAUCUCCGCCGCCCCCAUCCGCAAAGACACGCCAAACGCCUCCUACACCUCGCACACCCGGCACGCAACCCAUGCGCUCCCCACCGACGAAGCACCCUACUCCCCACACGAUUUCCCCUCCCACAGCGUCUCAACACCGCACGCCGUCUUCUCGCCCGCCGCACUCAGCGGGCCCAACGGCCUGGACUUCUCCCUACACCAGCCGGGCCAGAUCCGGCAUCCCAACAUGGAUCUGGACGCGAGCAAGGACUGGAAGCACGGCUUGUGCAGCUGCACACCCGACGUGACGUUGUGCCUGACGGGCCUGUUCUGCCCGUGCGUGCUCUCGGGCCGUACGGCGUACCGGCUGGGGCAGAAGAGUCGCAAGGCAGACGCGACAGAUUUGCUGGGCCACGGGGCGACGAAUGCGCACUGUGUUGCCGUGGCACUUGCGUGCGGCGUCGGGCUGGGCUGGGUGCUCCCGAUGCUGCAGCGCACGCGGGUGCGGCAUUUGUAUAAGCUGGACGGAAGCUGUGGUGAGGAUUGCGUCAAGGCGUGUUGUUGCUGUUGCUGUGUUGCGGUGCAGAAUGAGCGCGAGGUUAGGGGGAGGGAGGAGAUGAGUAACCGCUGGGCGGGACCGGCGGGGAGGGAUGGAUAUCAGCGGAGUGGGGGGAUGGAGUAUCGGCCACAGCACUGAGGGGGUAGGUGGGAAGCGGGUGGUCAAGCGAUGGGUGUGUGUGUGUAGGUCCCGUUGCCAGAUGAGUGGAGUGUAGGGCCGUUCAGCUUGCUGUUUAGAUAGUCUCGAUGAUACCCUCCGCACUUUUCUUUCUGUAUGUACAAUCUAGUUCUUUCCAGCGGUCCAAAUGCCACGGUCUUUGUGCCUUACGACAGUCCGAAACAAAGGUCGCAGCGACCCGAAGUUAGCACGGAGUUUGUGCCAGUAACGAACA